AUGUCAACACCACGAAGAAAAUGCACUAAAGACUGCGUGUUUGCGCCUUACCUCCCCGCGAACAAACUUGACAAGUACGCAACAGUCCACAAGAUAUUCGGAGCAAGCAAAAUUGCUAAACUUCUCAACGUACUUCAUUCAAGCCAGAGAGAAAAUGCCAUGAUCUCGCUUCUUUUCGAGGCACAAGCUGGUCUCCUUGAUCCGUGCCAGCUUAAAAACAUCGAGGACCCGAGACUAGAGACACUUCCUCCGGUAACGUAUCAGCAGAACCAGCACAAUUCUAUGAUGAUGCCUGUUAUGGCUAAUAAUGACGCUCAUUUAACAGCAGAACAUUUGGCUGUUAUCAGCAGAACAUUGCAACAGCUACGACAGUUGCAUGAAGAGGCUCACCAUUUUGAAUCGCAAACGUAG